AUGGAGCUGAGUGAGCUGCUGUAUAACAAGUCAGAGUAUAUAGAGACCGCGUCUGGCAAUAAAGUGAGCAGACAAUCCGUGCUAUGUGGCAGCCAGAACAUUGUCCUGAAUGGAAAGCCGUUACAUAUCGGGGACCAUGUCUUUAUAGAAGAGGACUGUGUAGUGAACGCAGCACAGAUUGGAUCCUAUGUCCACAUAGGGAAGAACUGUGUAAUUGGCCGUAGGUGCGUCUUAAAGGAUUGUUGUAGAAUCCUGGACAACACCGUUCUACCCCCUGAAACUGUAGUACCUCCGUUUACGGUUUUCUCUGGAUGCCCUGGGCUGUUCUCCGGGGAACUUCCAGAGUGCACUCAAGAGCUUAUGAUUGAUGUCACCAAAAGCUAUUACCAGAAAUUCCUUCCUCUGACACAGAUUUAAUUUUAUAUUUUUUUUUUUAUGUAUAUUUUAUGCAGCUCUCAUUCCCUUAACUUACCUUGUAAACUUAGCUACCAAUAUUUAUCUCUAGCACUAUUUAUUUAUUAAGUUCCCCUUCCGGAGUUGUACCCUGUAGUAAAACAUAAGAGACCCCACUAGGUAAUCGUUACUAUUCCAGCUGUUAUUUCUGAUGCAAUACCUAGCGCACAGUGCCAGAAUGUGUUAGUAAAACCCUCUUCUCAGAUCAUUACGUUAAUGGCUAAUAUGAUGGAUAGUUUUUUUUUAUUUGUUUUUUUAUUUGUUUUUCAAUAAUACAGCAAAGCUUAAUCACAAGCUGUACCUAAAAGGACAUUAAAUUCAACACAUUUCUAUCAUGCAUGUAAAAGAGAACUGUUCAAAUUAUAGACACCACUUCUUGUUUGCGUGAAGAGUAAAGUAAUUGCUGUUUAUUUUGAUUGGCUGGUAAGGAACAUUAGCAAAGCUCUACUAGGGUAAGGGGCACAUACAACAAGAGAUAUUAGGGGUUUUAAAAAGACUCCACAAAGAAAAACAAUAAAUCUCAUGUCUCUUAAAAGGGACAGUGUACUAAAAGUAUUUAUCAUCAAUAUUUUUUUUGAAAAAAAAUGUGAAGUAAAAAGUUGCAAAAUGAACCUAAUACAACAGUAUACGACUAAUGCCCAUGACCUUACAGAUAUUUCCUACUAGUUCAAUAAGUCCUUCUCCUCCCAUCGACUGCAGAUUCUCACAAGAGAACCUGCAGUCAGGAUUUAUCAAGCAGCGGCCAUCGGACCGCUGCUUCCCUACCCUGUUCACCUCUUAGGUGGAGAAAUUCAUAAUUUCAGUCUCCCGGUUUUCUUUGACAGGGGUGAUUGACAGCUCCUGCCCAUGUGUGAUUAGCUAUGUGUGGGCAGGGGGCGGCGUUGCACACGAGCGCAAAAUAGUCGUGGGUAGCGGAUGGCUGCCUGCCACAGGAGAGCUCGGGCGGACAGGGGCGAAUAUGUACGCCCCUGUCCACCCUUUAUUGAUAAAUUGAGCCCAAGUUGUCUGAAAGGGACAAAUUAUCAUUCUACCUAUCAACCAAUUAUCAUUGGCAGGAAAUACCUAUCAACCAAUUAUCAUUGGCAGGAAAUACCUAUCAACCAAUUAUCAUUGGCAGGAAAUACCUAUCAACCAAUUAUCAUUGGCAGGAAAUACCUAUCAACCAAUUAUCAUUGGCAGGAAAUACCUAUCAACCAAUAAAGAUUAGCUUGUAUUACCUUCAGCCAGUAAACAUUAUUAUCAGGUAUCUAUCAUCCAAUGAUCAUUAGUUAGAAGUGCACAGCUAAUAUUACUGUGUUCAUUUCAAUUAACAGUUUAACACUACACUUCAUUUCGCUUAUUUUUUCUUCAAAUGGAAAAAUAAAUAAUAUAUUUUUACAUGAAUCAUAUACUUUUUAUAAGUUCUUCUGUAUUCUUUAUUGAAAAGAAAAUCUAGGUAGGCUCAUGUUUUGCAGUAAUGUAUAAAAUUACUAUAAACAUUGUCGCAAACACUGUUGCAGAGUCGCUCCUGAACUGCUCUAUGCCCACCUAGGUUUACUCUUCAGAAAGAUACCAAGAAAACAAAGCAAAUCUGAUAACAGAAAUAACUUGGUCUUUAAGUUUUCUUAAAUUUGCAUGUUGUAUGUAAAUGAAGAAAGUUUUGAUUACUGUCCCUUUAAGUAUAGUGUCCUUUUAAGUCAGCAUUUGUAUGUCAGACACAUUUACUCUGUACUAAACCACAGGUCAAGCUUUCAGACUCCUGCCUGCAUGAUUGUAACUAAAUACAAUGUGUAGUUUAUGUACUUUAAUAAAUUACUGGAUAGGCUUUAUCAGUGUUUACGAAAGUGACAGCUUUACACAAUAAACCAUGCACAAGCCUGA